GCCUCACAUGUGGACGUGGACAGAGGACCACCAUGGGCACCUGGCGACCCUGCGCCAAGCAACGGCCCCCGGGGGGACAAUGGGGGAAGGCGAGGAGGGUCCCCCCAGCAAGGUGAACCGGGGCGAGAAAGGACCCCGCUGGACGUGGAGGGCCGAGCAGAGGGAGCGGACGCAGGAGGACGACGAGGAGGAGGACGACGAGGAGGAGGAAGAGGAGGAAGAGGAGGAGACCAACAACAACAGCAGCAGUCACCAGGAAGAGGAGGAGGAGAGGACAGAGGGAGGGCAGGAACAGAGGAGGACGAGGGACGAGGAAGAGGGGGAUGAGGAGGAGGAGAUGGACCAGGACAGCUGA